AUGAAGGUUGCCUACUUUUUGUCCGCUCUGGACUUGCUCAUUAUUCUGAACCUGUACUUGGGUGGAACGUGUAGCGACUUCAGGAGCAUUGUUGGGCGUAUAAGACAUGGUCGCAUUUUAGAGGACGCGGGGGAUAAGGGCAGUGGUGCGAAUGAUACCAACAAUGGUGAUACAAGAGACAAUUCCAGGCCCCCCGCGGAGAACAACCAUAGUGAGGGAGGCGACUCAACGACUCCUCCCAACGAUUCGCAAAAGGAGGGUGCGCAAAAUAUCCUUCCAGGUAACGCAGGCGAAGCGGGUAACCACAAUGUAGAGGAACCAAAUGAAGAUUACGAUGCGCAUGACGAUGAAUAUUACAACAAUGUAGAGGAUGAUGAAUCCUACGAUUUAAAGGACCAUAAUGAAAAUUUAUGUUCGGAAAAUAAUGGUGGGUGUGGAAAUGAUAAAAUAUGUGAAAAUAUAGGAGACGGAAUAGUGAAAUGUUUGUGUAAACCGGGGUAUAAGUUGGUUGGCACUGAGUGUGUGGAGGCAUCAAAAUCGUCUUCCUUGAAUUCUGUUUUCUGUUGGUUCUUGCUUCUGAUUAUUGUUUUGGCUUCUAUAAAUUAG